UUACCCACUGCGAUUUCUGCUGCUGGUGUUUCACAGGCUCAGCUCGACAAUUACGCCAUCCACCUUCGACUUGAAGAAAUUAAUCGCAAACUUAGGUUGAAUGAUUUUAUACCUCCAGAGCGUGAAAGGUCCGCCUCCCCCCCUCCCACCUACGACGCCCACGGGCGUCGAACGAACACUCGUGAAGUUCGCUACCGUAAGAAGCUUGAGGAUGAACGUAUCCGACUAGUUGAUCGAGCUAUGAAAAAUGACCCUAAUUUCCGCCCUCCCGUUGAAUACCAUCAGCAAAAACGUUCUCAAAGGCCUUCUGACAAAGUGUAUAUCCCUGUCAAGGAAUUUCCGGAGAUCAAUUUUUUCGGUUUACUUGUGGGACCUCGUGGUAAUAGCUUGAAGAAGAUGGAGCGGGAAAGUGGAGCAAAGAUCAGCAUUCGCGGCAAGGGAAGCGUUAAGGAGGGUAAAGCCCGUCCUGACCAGUAUGCUGACGAUGCGGAAGAAGAUCUACAUUGUCUUGUUCUAGCGGAAACUGAAGAAAAGGUUGCCGCAUGCGUACGAAUGAUCAACAAAGUUAUCGAAACGGCCGCGUCUACGCCGGAAGGUCAAAACGAUCAUAAACGUAAUCAACUGCGGGAGCUGGCUGCCUUGAACGGAACGCUUCGUGACGAUGAGAACCAGAUCUGUCAAAAUUGCGGUGGUGUGGGCCAUCGCAAAUACGAUUGUCCUGAACAGCGAAACUUCACUGCUAACAUCAUUUGUCGUGUUUGCGGCAGUGCUGGUCAUAUGGCUCGUGAUUGC